AUGAAUAUUUUGGAUGAAUUUAAUACAGAUAAUCCAUGCCCAUCGACGAGUGGCAUAGCGCCGAAAAAAAGAAAAUCCGCGAAUCUAUCACAAUGGAAACGGAGUGUAAUAAGGAAGUCUAUUGCUACUGGAAGGGGCUAUUUAAACUAUAAAGGCAGUGAAAUAGGCGAAAGAAAAACUGGACCGGAUUGUUGUUGUAAGAAGUGUAAGUGUUUUGUUCAAAUUAAUGAAGAAGAUAGGAAACUAAUAUUGGAAAAUUUUAAUAAAUUGGAAGAAACCUAUGUGCAAAACGUAUACUUAGGCGGUUUAAUUAAAACUGAGAAUGUUGAAAGGGAAAGAUCUAAAACUGGUACGGGGAAGAAACGGAGUUGUUCACACAAAUAUUAUAUUAAAUUAGGAAAUAGAAAUAUACAAAUUUGCAGAAAUGGCUUUGCAUCUAUCCAUGGAGUAUCCAAAAAGCGUGUAGACAAUGUUGCUAAAGAGUAUCGGGAUCCUACUGUAACUACACCAGCUCAGUCUAAUCGUGGAAAACAUCAAAAUAGACCAAAUCGUAUUCCAAGUGAAUGGGUUUCUAAAGUUGAGUCUCAUAUUAGAAGUUUCCCACGUCGCGAGUCACACUACAGUAGAAAUAAAAGCUCCGUUAUUAUCUGUCUCCAGAGUUGA